UGGCUUUGGGAGCAUGGGAUUUGACAAUGGUACAGAAGUAACAGAGUUCAUUUUAUUGGGGUUCUCAGGUUUUGGCUUUCUUCAGGGCCAUCUGUUUUGGGGUGUGCUGUGUAUCUAUGUGGUUACCUUGCUGGGCAACUCUCUGAUCAUCCUCCUCACGCUGGCGGACUCUGCCCUCCACUCCCCCAUGUACUUCUUCCUGCGUCACUUCUCCGUGGUGGAGAUCCUCUACACCACCACCAUUGUGCCUAGGAUGUUGGCUGACCUGCGGUCCUCCUGCCCCACCAUCCCCCGGGCCAGCUGCUUCACUCAGAUGUACUUCUUUGCCCUUUUUGGCAUUGCUGAAUGCUGUUUGCUCACUGUCAUGGCUUAUGACCGAUAUGCUGCCAUCUGCUGCCCCCUGCAAUAUACCACCCUGAUGAACCAGGUAACAUGUGCCAGCUUGGUGGGGGCCUCUUACUUUGCGGGCAUCAUCACUGGCACCAUUCACUCUGUCUGCAUCUUCACUUUGCCUUUCCGUGGUGCCAACACCAUCCAUCACUUCCUGUGUGACAUCCUGCCUGUGCUGAGACUGGCCAGUGCAAGCACUUUCUGGGGUGAAGUGGGGAAUCUCUUCAUCACGGUAGCUUUUAUCUUCAUGCCCUUCUCAUUGAUUGUGGCCUCUUAUGCCUGUAUCAUUGCCACUAUACUUGGUGUUGCAACAUCCGAGGGACGUCAAAAGAUCUUUUCUACCUGCUCCUCCCACUUGUUUGUGGUCAUACUCUUUUAUGGGACUGCGACUGCAGCUUACAUGAGGCCCCAGGCCGAUUCUCUUGGGGACACGGACCAGAUUCUUUCCAUCUUCUACACGGUUGUUACCCCCAUGUGCAACCCUUUUGUUUACACUCUGAGGAAUAAGGAGGUCAUAGGGGCCAUGAGGCGGCUCAUGAAGAGAUACCUUGGGGGUCCUUGACCAUACUCCACCUUCCUCCCAAGAUCUUGGAUCUAAGGGCCUGAUCCCUGG